AUGGCAGACGUUUUUACUGGGAACGGAGCAGGCUGGUAUUAUCUGAGUGCAGACAACCAGAAUGUUGGGCCCUACGACACCAAAACUUUCACCGAGCUGGCCGCCGGUGGGUAUCUCACUGAAGGGACUCUGAUUUGGGCAACUGGCCGGGCAAACUGGCUGCCUGCUAAGGAUGUACCAGAGAUCUGGACAGUGGCACCUCCUUCAUCGUCAGCUGAGGUUGCUAGGGAAGGGGAAGGACGUGCCAGCGCUGCUGAGGGUGCUACUACAUCAGCACCAGAACAAGCCAACCUUCUUCCAGAUCGCCCAUCCCAGCGAAGCACGGUAGUGAAGGCUGCCAAAGCAGUGAAGGCGAUUGUGGCGCCUGUGGACAGAGAGCUGGCAGCUUUCCAGGCAGAGAUGUCAGCUCUGGGGGCGACAGACGCUCCUGCGCCAGAGGAUGCUGCACUGAACGAACCCAGCCGAGCAGAAACGCCUCCUCCAGAGGACCGGCGAUUUGAGGAUGAUGAUGGAACCUGGUUUGUCUGGGACAGCACACUGCGAAGAUUUGUGGAGGAGGAGGGUGCGGGUCAGGGAGCUGGAACCGCAGCACAGCAGCUCCCUGAUUACCAAGUAGAGGAGAUGACGUUUGAGAUGGACGAUGAGAAGAUCCCUGAGUACAAGCCGCCCAAAUCAGACGAUGAAGAUGAGCCUCCAGGCACCAGUCAGGAUGAUGCCAACGACGGUGCUGGGACUAGCAAUGGCCAGCAAGCAAAGAAGGAGGGGCAGUCUGGGGCAGGCCAGGAGAAGAGCAAAGCAGAGAGCGUCAUGGAGAAGCAUCUGGAGAAGCAGAAGCGGGCGCGCGAGUCGGCUGAGGCACAGGCCGCCUGGUUUGACCUGAAGAAGAACACCAGCGUGUACAUAACGGGCCUCCCAGAUGACGCUACAGAGGCUGAGAUUGCCCAGGUCUUUACCAAGUGCGGUAUUCUGAAAGAGGACGAUGACGGCAAGCCGCGCAUCAAGAUCUACCGUGACAAAGCAACGGGCAUGAUCAAGGGCGACGGGCUUGUCACCUACCUGAAGGAGCCUUCGGUGGACCUGGCUUGUAACAUCUUGGAUGGGGCUCCCUUGAGGGAUGACAUCAGCAAAACGCUGACGGUGCAGCCAGCCAAGUUUGAGAUGCAUGGGGACCAGUACGUGCCCAAGAAGAAGCAGAACAAGAACAAGAAGAAGAAGGUGAACAAGGUGGAGAAGAUGCUGGGAUGGGGAGGCUUUGACGACCUCAAGAACCCGACACUGGUGACUGUUAUCCUAAAGCAGAUGUUCCACCCAAACGAGCUCAUAGAGGAGCCCAGCCUCAAAGAUGAUCUUGAGACGGAUGUCAAAACAGAAUGCACAAAGCUUGGGGCUGUGGACAAGGUGCGAGUGUUCCAGUUCCAUCCGGAGGGCGUUGUCAGCGUCAAGUUCAAGGAUGAGGAUGCAGCCCAGGGGUGCAUAAAGCUGAUGGAGGGGAGGUUCUUUGGCGGGCGCCAGGUUUCGGCGCAGCUCUGGGAUGGCAUCGCAAAUUACAACGUGAAGAAGCCCCAGGAGACGGCAGAGGAGGAGGCAGCUCGAUUAGAGCGCUUUGCAGCAGAGAUCGAGAAUGGAUAA